UGGAGAGCCCAUUGUUACCGCUGAUGUCACUAUUAUCGUUAUUCGUGACCUAAUCAACCCCCUUCCUGAAAUCCCUACAAUGUACAGAUUGAUCAGAAUGCCAAAUAUGGGUCAUAUUUCAAACCACAGCAAAGAUGAUGACAAGGAUAUUCUCCGCUACACGAUGAUUGGUUCUGGUAAUUCCCAGAUACAGUCAGAAGUUCAGAUGUAUUUUGACAUUGGUCCUGAUGAUGGAGUAGUCUACCUUACAGUUACUCACCAAUGUUCCCAGGGUGAUCUGACCUAUGAGGCCAUUGGAAUGUACCCUGCUGAGGAUUAUUUCAGUGUAAACUCCUCCACUGGAGCUGUUAGGUUGAUCAGAGAUCUGAAAACUGAUCCCUCUGGACUUACAACUUACACUCUGCGUGUUGUGGCUUAUGACUCCCUGUUUCCACGACUAAAAGCAACAGCAGAUGUUAUAAUCAGUGUCACCAGAAAUCCAUUUGCCCCUUCAUUCUCCCCGUCGGCCGACUACAGCGCUACAGUACAGGAAAAUGUCACUCUGGGCUACGCAGUCUUAGACAUUAAUGCUACGGAUGUGGAUAACGAUCCUAUUACAUUUGCAAUUGUGGCAUCAGUUCCAGAGAGUGGAAAAAAUUUCUUCUAUCUUGACCCUAAUACUGGGGUUUUGACAACAAAACAGUUGCUGACAACAACAAUAGAUAAUUUUUACAAGAUAACAAUUCAGGCGUCGGAUGGGAGAGGCAGAGCUAGAAAUGCCACGGCCAGAAUUACCAUCACACGUUUAUCUUCAAAUAAAGAUUCUUUUUAUUCAAAUAAUACCUGCAGUGAAUUAAAUAUGUAUGCCCCACUGUUCACUGCCCCAUUGUAUUUUGUUAAUGUGCUGGAGGGCGACUACUCUGUAAAGUCUCAGCUGCUCUUACAGGUUGUUGCCUCAGACGAGGACACUGGAUUGAAUGGUGAAAUAGUUUUUGACAUCCAAAGUGUAUCCAACAACGGAGCCAAAAAGUUUAACUUAGAUCAAAAUGAACAAGAUGGGAAGAUUGCAGUUGUUUGCACCAGUAGAAUAUUUAGAGGUGAAACCUAUAUGAUAAUGCUCCGUGCAACAGACAAAGCUUUCCCAAUUUAUAGAAGAAGAAGCACUUCAGUUCCAAUAGAAGUUAAAGUCGGUCCGUAUUUAGUACAUUAAUGUGGGUUAAAGCGGGUUCAUUUCUAAUCUACCUCUUGUUAUGACGAAAAAAAAAUGAUGAAAAGAAAGGGGUCAAGAAAAAAGCCAAACGUGGAUAAAUCAAUUUAAUACCCUAGAAAUUAUUCAUGUUAUAUUAAUGGUAUUAAAUAAAAGUUAUUGUUAUAUUUUGGAUUCUCCCUGCUUGACGGACAAAUACACAUAUAAAGCGAGUCCAGUGUAUUAAUUAGAUAAAUAAAGCAUUCCAAUGUCAUAAUAGCUAAAAAUAAAUAACAAUUAAUCUGAAACGUAUCAAAUAACGAUCCAACGAUACGUUGUUUUUGCAAACGAGAUAAUUAUACCAAAUUAUUUUUGAGAUGCAGACUUUGAGCGUGAUUUUGAAUUUAAUAUUAUAUAAUUUAAUAUUACUUGUAAUACGUCAUUUGAUUGGAUAAAAGAUUUUAUCCAUUUUGUAUAACAUAACUUGCCUAAUAAAAUGAGAUAUGUCAAAAACGUAUUACUCCGCUUGACGUUACUUUUAAUAAA